AUGCUGCGCGUAGGCUCCUGGUUUUACGGCAAAAAGCCGGCCAAUGGCUCCACGCAGUCACUGGACUCGCUGUCCGAACUGAAAGACUCGGCCACCUUAAUCCUCAAUGACGAUGUGGACGGCGCUGAAGCUGGCCUCGCCCAAGGCACCUCGACUUUCCACAAUUUGGGAAAAGGUGUCGUGGCAUUCGUUCGCGCGACCUUGGGCUUUGAGCAGGAAAUAAUGCGACAAGCGUCCGAGCGGCUGUAUGAGGCCGAGACGACCGCCGCCAGCGCACAGCACCGCGCGCAACACAACUCUAACGCCCCCAAUGCUUUUCGGUCGGAGAUAUAUGCACCGGGAACGGAAUACGCUCUAUCUCAGGCCAUCGCGCAAUUGAUGAGCGCCGUUGUCGGCGUCCUGAACGAGAGCUUGACGGAAAGUAUCAAGGCUUUCUACCGCCUGCGCAAGGCGUAUAUCGCACUGGAUGCCAUCCUGAAAAUGGAAGAGAAGUUUAUGGAGUUGAGAGACCCCAGUAGAGAGCUUCUUACUAGCUCGAGUGAUCUUUCAAAGGUCGGCGCAACCAAGUCGAACUCAUCUAACCGGUCACUGGGCAAAGACCCCUCUAUGGCCGCUCAUUCCAUUGCGACGGACGAGAAGGAUCUGACUCAAUCUCUCUCCGGCUUGAACGUCAAUGAACCCGCUUCAGAUGUCUCGGGAACCUCCACUCCCAAUGGAUCCAACAUCAUCAACCACGACCCGGACUCGGACAUCUUCAAGAACGGGGUCGACAUCUUCGUGCACUCCGGCGCUAACUUCUGCUUCGGUAUUCUCCUUCUUCUCAUCUCCAUGGUUCCUCCAGCAUUCAGCAAGCUCCUUUCCAUCAUCGGCUUCCACGGCGACAAGCAACGGGGUCUGCGCAUGCUCUGGCAAGCCAGUAAAUUCCACAACCUGAUCGGCGCCAUGGCUGCGCUGGCGCUGUUGGGCUACUACAACGGCUUUGUUCGAUACUGUGAUAUCAUGCCCGAUCCCACUCCCGGCGAGGAUGAUGUCGAGGGUUACCCGCAGGAGAGACUGGCUGCACUGUUGGCUGAGAUGCGGUCCCGAUUCCCGAACUCUCGGCUCUGGCUGUUGGAAGAGUCGCGGAUGAAGGGUGCUAAUAAGGACUUGGAUGGCGCGUUGGAGCUACUUUGCUCGAAUAACAAGAGUCCGUUGAAGCAGGUUGAGGCUCUCUGUGUAUUUGAGAAGAGCCUGAAUGCCUUGUUCCUGCAUAAGUACGAUGUGUGUUCUGAUGCAUUCAUCGAGUGUGUGGACCUCAAUUCCUGGUCUCGUUCCUUGUACUACUACAUCGCCGGAUCCUGCCACGUCGUGCUCUAUCGCGACUGCAUCGACAAAGAUCCCAAGCAAGCCGAGAAGCACGCCUCGACAGCCGCCGAAUACAUCCGUAAAGCUCCGCCGCUGGCAGGGAAGAAGAAGUUCAUGGCGCGCCAACUGCCAUUCGACGUUUUCGUGACCCGCAAAAUCGCCAAGUGGGAAGCACGUGCCAAGGACUGGAAGGUUCCUCUCGUGGAUGCGAUUGGCGUGGAUCCAAUUGAGGAGAUGAUCUUUUUCUGGAACGGGCAUAGCCGCAUGACGCAAAGCCAUCUGGAGGAAUCUUUGUCUCGACUGUCAUGGUGCGAGAGCGACGCUAACAAGACGUGGUCUCGCGAGGGACCCGAGGAGAAGGCGAUUCUCGAACUCAUCCGAGCUGCGGUUCACCGGUCCCUGCACAACUACGAGGAGGCCCAGCAGAUUCUCAAGACCCGUGUCUUGAACCAUGAUAAGUCGCUCUUCAAAGGCCAUCUGAAGGACGAUUGGGUUCUCCCGGCUGCUCACUUUGAAAUGGCUGCCAACCUCUGGAUGGAGCGCCCGACCUACCAAGCGCUUCACGGGUUAUCCGAUAAAGCAUCCACUGUAACUGGAAGCUCCGAGGGAAAGCACUCGGGCAGAGAGAAGGAGUUGGUCCGCGAGUGUAAGGACUACCUGGACCACGCUGCUCGGUGGGAAAGCUACGAGCUUGAUGCUCGUAUCGGCCUGAAGGUCACGGCUGCUAUGGAGGCAGUGAACAAGUGGGAGAGCACACAUUCAUGA